AUGGACGAAGAAUCUGCAUUCGGGAGGGACGAGAAUGAUACUGAUAAGGUGACUAAGACCAAUAACGAUAACUUGAACGAAGAUGAUGACAGCAGCGACAACGAUUCCGUCUCGUCAUAUGAUAUCUUACCUCCGGAGGAUUUUGAUAAUAAUGAACAUGGCGCAAAUAGCGAAAACGAAGAUGUGGAUGUUGACAAUGUGCAACAUAGUUGGCAGGAAUCAUUUGCAGAUAACUUGAGCCAGGAGGAGUCAGAUGGUCCGAGCGUUGAUCACGAUGAGGGAGAGAUCGAUAUUGAGGAGGCUCAAAGGCAGCAGAAGAUGCUUGAGACACAUUGGAAGGUCAUGGCUAUGACCUUUCGGUCGCAAGGGGAUGCAUACAUAUUCUACAACAAUCACGCCAGAGAACACGGGUUUAGCAUAAGGAAACAGAAGGUGAAACGAGGUGCUUCGGGAAUGAUCCGGUACCGGCGGUUUCUUUGCUCCAGGGCUGGGAGAAGGCAGAGCAAGUUCAUAACCAUGGAGGGCCGCAAGCGCAGGCUUAGACCGGAGACUCGUUGUGACUGCGGUGCACAUAUGGUG